CAGACGAAAACGAAACGCAAAGCGGACGAACGAACGAAACGCCAGUCUGCAUUCAGUGCUCGCGAGAGGUGAAUGUGUCGCUCGCGAACACAGAGUACUUGUAAAUACGUGACCGAGACCUCCGGGCCAGCUGAUUACGCUCGCGUAUUUAUUUUACCAAACUUAUAUUUCUCCUCAAACGACAAUAGUUUUGAAAAAUACUUAAAAUCUGUGAUUGAAUCGUGCAGUGAUAAUUACAGAGACUAAAAUUUUCAAGUGACAGUUUCAAACUUCGGAAAAAUAAUGGAUGAGUGGCAAGCGAACACGAAGCUAUAGAUGCGCCGUGCACCACAGGGACCGAGAGGUCUGCUCAGAAAACGACUUCCAUCUCCUCCUUGAAGACCCAACGCUCUUUGCCAGGAUGGUGCACUUGGUGGCGAUGGAAGUGCUCCCGGAAGAGCGGGAGCGGAAGUAUUACCAGGAGCGGUAUACUUGCUGUCCACCGCCACUGUUCAUAAUCUGCGUCACACUGUUAGAGCUGGGUGUGUUCGCGUGGUACGCGGCGGGGUCGGGCGGCAUGGCGGCGGCGGCGGGCCCAGUGCCAGUAGACUCGCCGUUGGUGUACCGGCCCGACCGGCGGCGCGAGCUAUGGCGGUUCCUCACCUACAGCGUCGUACAUGCCGGCUGGCUGCAUCUCGCCUUCAACCUGCUUGUGCAACUUGCGGUUGGUCUACCUCUAGAAAUGGUCCACGGCGCGUUACGAUGUGGAGCCGUCUACCUCGCCGGAGUUUUGGGGGGGUCCCUCGCGGCCUCAGUGUUGGACCCUGACGUGUGCCUCGCGGGGGCCUCCGGGGGAGUGUAUGCCCUUCUAGCGGCGCACUUGGCCAAUGCUCUGCUGAACUUCCACGCGAUGCGCUACGGAGCCGUGAGGCUGGUAGCGGCGUUGGCUGUCGCGUCCUGCGACGUCGGCUUCGCGGUUCAUGCUAGGUAUACUAAGCAGGAAGCGCCGCCGGUGUCGUACGCGGCGCACGUGGCGGGCGCGCUAGCGGGACUGACGAUAGGGCUGCUGGUGCUGAAGCACGCGCAGCAGCGGUUGUGGGAGCGGCUGCUGUGGUGGGCGGCGCUAGGCGCGUACGCGGCGUGCACGCUGUUCGCGGUGCUGUACAACGUGUUCAGCGCGCCCGUGGACGAGCUGCACUACCUGCCGCCCGACCCGCCGCCCGACCUCGCCGGCUUUUGACUGCCCCGUCCCACGCCGCUGCCCGACCACCACUAGGCUUCCAAGCCCCUUUAUUUAUUCGACGAAAGAUUAUUUAUUUAUAUUUAGAACGUUCACUUUCGCGCCUAAGAUUUAUAUUACAGAGUGAGUAUUUCAUGCCUCGAAUAGAUAAAGCCGCUUCUUCAUUACCACGUUCGUUGUUUACAGAUAUUUGAUUAGUGUCGAAGCCUAAAGCUGGUCGUUCAGCCCACUCACAACACGCCUAGUCAAUUUACCUUAGUGUGAUUCGCGUUAAGUAGCAUUAUAAUUAGAGGAGGCUUCUCAUCGCCAGUGUUGGUACACUUCGUGUAUUGUGCGUUUAAUCAUUGGAAGAUUUAUGAAUCUUUUGUUUUUUUAUAAAGCGUGUGUUCGUUGUGGUUCAGGAAUGACCAUUUAGUACGGACUGUUAGACUAUUGCGCAUUUCCCGCAUGUUACUUUUUAUAUAAGUUGUGGAUAAUUAUCUAUUCAAUAUUAUGUUAAGUGCAUGUAAACUAAGUGUGUCCUUUCCGAACCACGUUACGCUGUGCAUAUCGUCAACUUAGCGUUGAUUGUAUGACGUUGUUAUGCUGUUUGCUCCCAAACGGCCUCCUCGCGAUACUUAAUUGUUAAGUAGUCUUAAUUGUAUUGAUAGGCGAACUAUUUUUGUACCUAAUCAGCGUCCGUAGUUUUAGCAGGAAGGCGUUACCGCGACACAUCACGAUAUGUUCCGUGUGGACUGACCACUAAGUGCCGUGUUACUUUACACCUGUCCGAUUCCGUCAAACUAACACAACAUUUAGCUAAGGUCAGCGUAGUUAUGCCCAGCACACCAAAGAUUAGGAUAAAUACUGUCCAAACUUGUAUGGUGAAGUUUCCAAGUGUUUACUCUCUAUAUAAUUUUAUUUGUGAAGUGAAAAUCUUCAGGCUUU